ACAUAGGUCGAGCCACGUCAAACUGACAACCACCUGUGAGCUCGUCGAUGUUGCACAAGCUCGCUUGUGGGUGAUCUCGCGUCUAGAGUUGUGGAAAACUGUCAUAAUUUAUUAAUCAAUUCUGAUUCGAUCACACGCGUCGUCGUAGUUGCAACAAUCUCAUCCCUGUUUACAUUUGAUAUCGUCAUCUUUGUAGAUUCCUUGUAUUAGUUUUCCUGGCUGUCUAGACUUUUCACUAUCUUAUUGCAGCACGUAAUUGGUCUUAAAGUUUUUUUUCUGGGUUUCAUUGUUAUUUCUUCUUUCGACGUGUGAGGCGGAGUAUAAUAUCUGGUUAGACAGUAGCAAAACAGACAACCGAAAAUGGAGUUCUUGUCAAACGCACGUAUUGUUCUCGUAACACUAUUCGUUUCGUCGAUAAAAUUGACAUCUGCGAACUACUGUGAAUGGAAUACGUGUCAAUCCUGGGAGUACUGCUGCGGAGACAAUAUGUGCUGUACUAAUAAUGAUGUGGUCCUCAAUUUAACAAUUUUAGUCUGCGCUGCCUUGGCUCUGCUGUUAAUAUGCUGCAGUAUGCUGUUCAUGUGCCGAUAUUUAUGCCGUGUCAGACAUCCUGUAUUCCAGCUUGUAGGUAUUGAUGGGUGUUUUGCAAAGGAUGCCGAGUCUACAAGCAACUUGCCUGCUUUCGAGGUGGUUAAUGAAGAUAGAAUAUACACAGAGCCUCCUCCACCAUAUUCAGAGGUGACGCGAAAUGUGAAGUAAAGAUACACGAGUAAUCCAAGGAACGUUGAACUUUGAGGGAUCUUGCAAAAUCAAUUAAACUGAAUUUUCUUGAGGACUGGCAUCGAAUCGAAUGAA